GGGCGUAAAGGACGCAGCUGCUCUUCCCCAUGGACGCCCAGCCGCAAGCCCAGCACGUACCAAGGCCUUCGCUCCAACCUCAGAAGCCUCUACAGCUCGACAUGGGGUACAACUGCCUAUCCAACUUUCAUACUGAGAAGAAAAUCGGAAGAGGACAGUUUAGCGAAGUCUACAGGGCCAAGUACUUGCUAGACAACACGUCCGUGGCUUUGAAAAAAGUUAAGAUAUUCGAGUUGAUGGAUGCCAAAGCCCGGCAAGAUUGCAUCAAAGAAAUAGAUCUCCUUAAGCAAUUGAACCACCCCAAUGUAAUUAAGUACUAUGCAUCGUUCAUUGAAGAGAAUGAACUCAACAUAGUUCUGGAGCUUGCUGACGCAGGGGACCUAUCGCAGAUGAUUAAGCACUUCAAGAAGCAGAAGAGGCUGAUCCCUGAGCGGACUGUCUGGAAGUACUUUCUCCAGUUGUGCAGUGCGCUGAACCACAUGCACUCCCGCCGCGUCAUGCACAGAGACAUAAAGCCGGCUAAUGUGUUCAUUACUGCCACCGGGGUAGUAAAACUCGGAGACCUGGGGCUGGGCCGUUUCUUCAGCUCCAAAACCACAGCGGCUCAUUCGUUAGUGGGUACCCCUUAUUACAUGUCUCCAGAGAGGAUACACGAGAAUGGAUACAACUUUAAGUCUGACAUCUGGUCUCUGGGCUGCCUGCUCUAUGAGAUGGCCGCCCUACAGAGCCCCUUCUACGGAGACAAGAUGAACCUGUACUCCCUAUGUCAGAAGAUCGAGCAGUGCCAGUAUCCUCCCCUGCCGCCGGAUCACUACUCUGUAGAGCUAAGGAAGCUGGUGGACAUGUGUAUCAACCCAGACCCAGAGAAGAGGCCGGACAUCACCUAUGUGUACGACAUUGCCAAGAGGAUGCUGGACAUGACGCUCACUACCUAGGACUCCAAAACAAGAAAAGGGUCGGG